AUGGACCACCCGACCGAACCCAACGCGGCCGCCAUCUACGAUGCGCGCAGACGCCGAGGCUCCGUAGGGACCUCCCAGCUGUUCGAAAACAUUGUCUCGACCUCCAACUUCGACCGAGAUGAAGUGGACCGACUGCGGAAGCGAUUUAUGAAACUCGAUAAGGAUAGCUCGGGGACUAUCGACCGCGAAGAGUUCCUUUCACUGCCUCAGGUGUCGUCCAACCCGCUUGCCACACGGAUGAUCGCGAUCUUCGAUGAGGAUGGUGGCGGCGAUGUCGACUUUCAAGAGUUUGUGACGGGAUUGUCUGCCUUUAGCUCCAAGGGCAACAAGGAAGAGAAACUGCGCUUUGCAUUCAAGGUCUACGACAUUGACCGCGACGGCUAUAUCUCCAACGGCGAGCUAUUCAUCGUGCUGAAGAUGAUGGUGGGCAACAACCUGAAGGACGUACAGCUGCAGCAGAUCGUGGACAAGACCAUCAUGGAGGCCGACAAGGACCACGAUGGGCGCAUUAGCUUCGAGGAGUUUACGGAUAUGGUGGAGCAUACGGAUGUGAACUUGAGCAUGACACUGAAUCAAAUAUAG